UGCUGCAAUGUUGGAUUUGUAUGUGGAAAUCUUGAAGCAGCUUUUGAAAGAGGAACUCUACCCAGCUGAUAUUGCAGAUCUCUGUUUUUCCAUAAUGCCAGGUGAUAAGGGCAUUAUACUGAAGUUCAGUGGAUACAAUCAGAAGUUACAUUUGCUGUUGGAAGCUGUAAUUAAUCACAUGGCAGAAUUUGAAAACAGUCUGACACCUAGCAUUUUUGAAGCACUGAAGGAAGUUCAAGGUAGAUAUUAUUACAACAGCUGCCUGAAGCCCAAGAGACUUGGCCAGGAUUUGCGAUUCUCAUUACUCACUCAUGUCCAUUGGAAUGCAGUUGACAAGCAUGCUGCCACAUCGAGGAUCACAGUUUCCAUGGUAAAGGCAUUUGCAAGACAUUUUGUGGAGCAUUUGUACAUAAAAAGUCUUGUCCAAGGAAAUAUUAGUGAACAGCAAGCAAUUGAUGCCUGUAAGAACAUUGUAGAUAUCCUGAAAUGUUCCCCUCUUCUACCCAACAAAUACCCACAGCUUCGAGUGAUGCAGAUCCCACUUGGUGAACAUUGUUGCCGUGUAAAGUCUUUCAAUUCACAAGACCCCAAUAGCUCUGUAACAAACUAUUAUCAGUCUGGGCCUAUUUCUAUCAAGAGUUUGUGUAUUGUUGAUCUUCUCAUGUUGCUAAUGGAAGAACCAGUCUUUGAUGUUCUUCGCACGAAGGAGCAGCUGGGCUACCAUGUGUGUUCAUCUGUAAGAGAUACAUUUGGCAUUCUUGGUUUCUCUGUCACUGUGAACUGCCAGGCUGGAAAGCACAGUGUGGGUCAUGUUGAUGCCUGUAUUGAAGCUUUCCUUAAAAGGUUUUCAAAGAUACUGAAGAACAUGAAAGAGAAGGAACUGGAGGAAGUGCGCAGUUCACUUAUCAAACUGAAGCAGCUGUCAGACAUUCACCUGAAGGAAGAAGUAUCCCGAAAUUGGAAUGAAAUAUCCUCUGGUGACUACCUAUUUGAUAGGCUAGAGAGGGAGGUGUCAUGCAUAAAAGAUAUUAAAAUGCCAGAGAUAAGGAAGUGGUACAAUGACCAUGUGUUGUGUGGCAAUAAAAGUAACUUGCGGAAACUGUCAGUUCAGGUUACUGGUGCUGCUGAUGCAGGUGAGACACCACAGACACAAGAGCAACAGCCGCCCUCACAUAGUAGAGUUCACGGACACAGUAAAACUCGCCAACCGCUGCAGAAAUGUUCUUCCAUUCAUAAUGGUCUGACAGUGGAGCUGUCUCUCCAGUUUGUUGCUGAAGGCGAUACAGAUGGUCACACUAAGAAACAUUUUAUCACUGACAUUGAAGACUUUAAGAAUGGACUUUUCAUUUAUCCUAUAAGCAGAAUUUGGCCCUAGAUGAAAAAUGCAGCCCAAGCAACCAAGAAAGAAUAUACUGUGUACAUUACUUGGAAUCUGCUGGAGUCUGUGGGGAAACAGUGGCAUUUCCAACUGGUGAUGUGGCCAUCUGACCAG